CAUGGUCGCAUCAGGUAUACCGUGUCGGAAUGGUGAGAAACAUGUAGAAGAAAUCGCUAAACUCUCGCUAGAUUUGCUCAAAUGUGUUGGAGAGAUGGAAAUUCCCCAUCUUAGCUCAAAGAAAUUGCAGUUACGAAUCGGUUUCAAUACAGGUCCAUGUGUGGCCGGUGUGGUGGGCGUGAGAAUGCCGAGAUAUUGCGUGUUUGGUGAUACAGUUAAUACGGCCUCAAGAAUGGAAUCCACUGGAUUACCAUUACAUAUUCAGAUGACAGAAGCGUCGGCCAUCUUGCUCCAGAAACGUGUUGGAUUUAUUGUCACUGAACGUGGAAAUGUCGAAGUCAAGGGCAAGGGAUUAAUGCGCACAUAUUGGUUGGAAGGCUAUGAAAGGACCAUAGCAUCUCCUACACAACAUGAAGAGAAAACAUCUAUUCCACUGGAACACACAUCAAUAGAAGUUAUGCAAAGACAUUUAUGACUUUAAGACUAUAGAUUUUAGCAUAUCAGACUGGUGUUUCCGUAAGUUUAAAGCCAGG